GAUCGUGGCAAAGGCAAGUCAAGACAAGUCGCCGCAAAAUUUGAAUGGAAUAGCGUGCAUUACGUGCGGAUUUUUCGAAGUUUUGUUUGUAAAUGGCUUUUUAAUUAAAAUUAAGUGUUAUCUCAGCGCAAUAUGAAUGAACCAAUAUGUUUUGCACAGUACUUCGUGAAUAAGCAAAAUGUGAGAUCACUCAACAAUAUUCUAAAUUCAAAAUUGUUAAAAAGUGAAAAUGGUACAGUUUUUCUGCAAGAAAUAUUAAAAGAAGAAAAUUUGGUAACAGGAAUAUCUCCAGAACUAAAGCAAAUAUUACUUGAUGUACAACAAAACAUCAAAUAUUGUAGUAAACAGGAUUUUAAGAAUUAUUUUGUCACAUACAAUGAUGAACAGCAAAAGUUAUUACCAGUGAAUAAAGAGAAAAUUUACGAAGAAUGUUCGACAGCACUCAGUAAGAUAAUUCCUAAAAAGUUUUUUGGUAACAAUCACAACACCAAAAUAUUCAAGAAAUGCACCAAAAUAAUAAUUUACAGUAUGAAACGUCAACACCUCAAUUUUGGGAAAUUGAUUCAGAAAUGGGAUUUCAAAAUAUUUCCUUGGACCAAUAUACCAGUGGCACAGUCAUUUCAAGUCUUAUAUAAUAUUCUUCACUGGAUAUUUAAAGUUGUAUUAGCAGCAGUGAUUUCCUUGAAUUUCUAUGUUACAACCAGCAAAAUAAAUAAUGAUGAAAACUUGCUUCAUUUUUUCUGGAAAAAUAAAUGGCAGAGUUUCUACGACAGAAAAGUUUCUGAAAUGGUAUCUGCGAAGGUCAUAAAUAAAUACCAUACAAAUUGUUUGGGGAAAAACAUGAAACAAAAGUACAGCUUACAAGAAAAACUGAAGUUAAAAUCACUUAAAAAAGAAAUACCUAAACUGCAUUUAGUUUUGAAACCGAAUAAAAAUUACAGACCAAUUGUACGAUAUAAAACUGAAUCACUCAAUUCAACGGAUAAAUACAAAAUUAAAGAAAGAUUAUAUUUCCUAAGAAAACUGACUGGGAAACCACAUGAGAAAAUUGAGGUUCAAUUUACAAAACUUUAUUUUAAAUGGUUGGAAAAAAAUAAACCAACGUUAUACUUUGUUAAAACAGAUCUGAGUAAUGCUUUUGGGUCGAUCAAUAAAGCAAAGCUUUUGAAAAUUCUCUCCGAGAGGCAUCAAGACUUACAAAAAACUGAAACAUCUAUGUAUAUGAAGAAAAAACAUGCACAGCACUAUAAAGAAUUUAUAGCGGAACUCAGAAAACCUUUGCUCAUCCGUGCUGGUUCCACAGUCUAUGAAUGGAAGGAAGGACUAAUGCAGGGAUACAAAUUUUCACCAGCAUUAUCUGAACUAUACUAUUCAUAUUUGGACAAAAUUUACUUCUCAGAACAUUUUAAAAAUUAUCAUGAAUUAAAAUUAUUUGUUCGAGUUGUUGAUGACUAUUUGUAUGUAACAGACUCUUUGGAAGAUGCCCAUUUGUUUUUAAAGGCAUUAUCAAAUUAUAGAAAUGUGAAUUAUGCAAAAACUGUUGUUAACUUUGAACAUAAAGAUAUAAGAUAUAGUCAAGAGAUAACAUUCCUUGGUUACAGUUAUGAUACUGAAACCUUGCAAGUGGGUAGGGCAAACACAGUUUUUACAGGACAGUUGUGUUAUAAAAUCGCUUUUACAGCAACGACUGGAAACUUGGGCAAAUUCUUAGAAAACCGAAUAGGUCAAUCUGGUAUACAAAUUAACGGGCAUCUAUUCAAUUUUCAUCAUAACCCUGAGGAAUUAAUAUGGCAACACAUUUUUGUAACGCUAUGCUUAUCAGCGAAUAAAUUCUGUACUAUUUUAUCUUUGCUUUCCGAUGCUAAUGAGAUGUCAAAUUAUUUGUCUGUAUAUAAAAAGAAAGUUUCAGUUAAACUCUGUAAUACUAUUACAGAGACCUUAAAGACGAAUAGACCCAAGAAUUUUUGUUUUGUAUAUUGCAUUAAUCAUUUCCGAUAUCUAUCUUUCAAAGCCUUACUGUUGUGUGCUACUAAAACGUCUAAAUGUAAUGUAUUAGUGCCAUAUGUUAACGUCGAAUUGGCCAAAUCCAAUUGUAUUUAUGGAAAAUGGAGAGAACAUGCAAGAUUUAUAUCAAAAAGUGGCCAAAAUUUAGCAAAUGCAAUAAAAGAAGUGUGUAGAAGAACAGAUUUGAGACGAAUUUUCAAAAAUUUCGAUGUACUGCCGUGCGAUUUUCAAUGUUUUGAUCAUAGGAAAUUUUAUGAAUUGUAAGAAAUAACAUAAAAUAAAUUAAUCUUUUUUUCUUUUUUGUCAGCCC